AUGACCUUAGAUGAACAAGCUACUGGGGAAAAGUUUGGAACUGACAACAGCGAAGUCCUUCCUGAGUCCAUCCCCUCAGCUCCUGGGACGCUGCCUCAUUUCAUCGAGGAGCCAGAUGAUGCUUAUAUCAUCAAGAGCAACCCCAUCGCACUGCGGUGCAAGGCGAGGCCGGCCAUGCAGAUAUUCUUCAAAUGCAAUGGCGAAUGGGUCCAUCAGAAUGAGCACGUCUCUGAGGAGAGUCUGGAUGAGCGUUCAGGCUUGAAGGUCCGGGAGGUGUUUAUCAACGUCACCAGGCAGCAGGUCGAGGACUUCCAUGGGCCAGAGGACUACUGGUGCCAGUGUGUGGCAUGGAGCCACCUGGGGACCUCCAAGAGCAGGAAGGCCUCCGUGCGCAUUGCUUAUUUACGGAAAAACUUUGAACAAGAUCCACAGGGAAGGGAGGUACCCAUCGAAGGCAUGAUAGUGCUGCAUUGCCGGCCACCUGAGGGAGUCCCUGCUGCCGAGGUGGAAUGGUUGAAAAAUGAGGAGCCCAUUGACUCUGAGCAAGAUGAAAACAUUGAUACGAGGGCUGACCACAACCUCAUCAUCAGGCAGGCACGCCUCUCCGACUCUGGCAAUUACACGUGCAUGGCGGCCAACAUCGUGGCCAAGAGGAGGAGCCUAUCAGCCACAGUGGUGGUUUAUGUGAAUGGAGGCUGGUCUUCCUGGACAGAGUGGUCAGCCUGCAAUGUUCGCUGUGGUAGAGGAUGGCAGAAACGUUCCCGGACCUGCACCAACCCAGCUCCUCUCAAUGGUGGGGCCUUUUGUGAGGGAAUGUCAGUGCAGAAAAUAACGUGCACUUCUCUUUGUCCCGUGGAUGGGAGCUGGGAAGUAUGGAGCGAAUGGUCAGUCUGCAGUCCAGAGUGUGAGCAUUUGCGGAUCCGGGAGUGCACGGCCCCGCCCCCGAGAAACGGGGGCAAAUUCUGUGAAGGGCUCAGCCAGGAAUCUGAAAACUGCACAGAUGGUCUCUGCAUUCUAGAUAAAAAACCUCUUCAUGAAAUAAAACCCCAAAGCAUUGAGAAUGCCAGCGACAUUGCUUUGUACUCGGGCUUGGGCGCUGCUGUGGUGGCCGUUGCAGUCCUGGUCAUUGGCGUCACCCUUUAUAGACGGAGCCAGAGUGACUAUGGCGUGGACGUCAUUGACUCUUCUGCAUUGACAGGUGGCUUCCAGACCUUCAACUUCAAAACAGUCCGUCAAGGUAACCCCCUGCUCCUGAAUUCCUCCAUGCAACCAGACCUCACGGUCAGCCGGACAUACAGUGGGCCCAUCUGCCUACAGGACCCUCUGGACAAGGAACUCAUGACAGAGUCCUCGCUCUUUAACCCUUUGUCCGACAUCAAAGUCAAAGUUCAGAGCUCAUUCAUGGUUUCCCUGGGAGUAUCCGAGAGAGCCGAGUACCGUGGCAAGAAUCAUUCCGGGACUUUUCCCCAUGGAAACAACCGUAGCUUUAGUACAAUGCAUCCCAGGAAUAAAACACCCUACAUCCAAAAUCUGUCAUCACUUCCCACGAGGACAGAACUGAGGACAACUGGUGUCUUUGGCCACUUAGGAGGACGCUUAGUCAUGCCAAAUACAGGGGUGAGUUUACUCAUACCACACGGCGCCAUUCCAGAAGAGAACUCUUGGGAGAUUUAUAUGUCCAUCAACCAAGGUGAACCCAGCCUCCAGUCGGAUGGAUCUGAGGUGCUCCUGAGUCCUGAAGUCACCUGUGGCCCCCCGGACAUGACUGUCACCACGCCCUUUGCAUUGACCAUACCACACUGUGCAGACGUCAGUUCUGAGCAUUGGAACAUCCAUUUAAAGAAAAGGACGCAGCAGGGCAAGUGGGAGGAAGUGAUGUCAGUGGAAGAUGAAUCCACAUCCUGUUACUGCCUUUUGGACCCGUUUGCGUGUCAUGUGCUCCUGGACAGCUUUGGGACAUAUGCCCUCACUGGAGAACCAAUCACAGACUGUGCCGUGAAGCAACUCAAGGUGGCGGUUUUUGGCUGCAUGUCCUGUAACUCUCUGGAUUACAAUUUGAGAGUCUACUGUGUGGACAAUACCCCUUGGGCAUUUCAGGAAGUGGUUUCAGAUGAAAGGCAUCAAGGUGGACAGCUACUGGAAGAACCAAAGUUGCUGCAUUUCAAAGGGAAUACUUUUAGUCUUCAGAUCUCUGUCCUUGACAUCCCCCCGUUCCUCUGGAGGAUUAAACCCUUCACUGCAUGCCAGGAGGUCCCAUUCUCCCGCGUGUGGUGCAGUAACCGGCAGCCCCUGCACUGUGCCUUCUCCCUGGAGCGCUACACGCCCACCACCACCCAGCUGUCCUGCAAGAUCUGCAUCCGGCAGCUCAAAGGCCAUGAACAGAUCCUCCAAGUGCAAACAUCAAUCCUAGAGAGUGAAAGAGAAACCAUCACUUUCUUUGCACAAGAGGACAGCACUUUCCCUGCACAGACUGGCCCCAAAGCCUUCAAAAUUCCCUACUCCAUCAGACAGCGGAUUUGUGCUACAUUUGAUACCCCUAAUGCCAAAGGCAAGGACUGGCAGAUGUUAGCACAGAAAAACAGCAUCAACAGGGAACUUCAGGAAGAUAUGCACAUGAAAACAAGGGAGAAAACUCGGAAGAGAAAAAUCCGGAACCCAGGAAAUGGAGAUGCAAAACAAAAGAGAAGCAAAAUGGAUUCCCAGGAUGAUGGGUUCUGAGAUGGCUGCUGUGCUUCAAGCUUAGAGGGUAACCAAUCAAAAUGGGAGCAGGAGGUAUCUGGGUUCUGUGAGCAGGAUGUCCAGCAAGAAAAUAAAAUAGAACACGUGCUAUGUUUGAAUAUAUUCAGGUGAUGUCUUCAAAACUGUUAGACUCUCUGGACAUAGGUUUGUGAGUGAUACAGAGAUCACACUAAGCAAAAUUAAAAUGUGGUCAUGGGGUGCCUGGGUGGC